AUGUUCACUCAGAGAAGUAACCUUGUCGUACAUGAACGGACCCACACAGGGGAGAAACCAUAUGUGUGCCCGGUGUGUGGAAGAGGAUUCAGUCAGAGCGGUCACCUUAAAACACACCAACGAUCCCACACGGUGGAGAAACCGUAUACGUGCAGGGAAUGUGGGAAGAGCUUCAGUUGCAGCAGUUCUUUUAUUUGCCAUAAAAGAAUUCACACGGGGGAGAAGCCGUAUAAAUGCUUAGAGUGCGGAAAGGACUUUAACUGUAGCAGUCGCCUUGCAUCUCAUAAAAGGAAACACACUGGAGAGAAGCCAUAUAAAUGCACGGAAUGUGGAAAGAAGUUUUCCUAUAAGGACGGCCUGAUGAGACACCAACGCACCCACACUGGGGAGAAGCCAUAUGCAUGCCUGAUGUGUGGAAAGACAUUUAGUGGACCAUCUGAGCACAGAAGCCACGAAAGAAUCCACACGGGGGAGAAACCCUACGGGUGCGUUGAAUGUGGGAACAGCUUCCGGAAGUACAGUAAUUUCACUCACCACAAAAUGGUCCACACAGGAGAAAAAACAUACAAAUGCCCGGAGUGCGGAAAAAGCUUCACUCAGAACGCGAACCUUAUCAAACACAAAAGAAUCCAUGUGGGGAAAAAACCAUAUAAAUGCGCCAACAAUGGGAAAAACCAGUCAAAUAGUCUUUCGCAACACAAAUCCACAACCACAGAGAAACCAAAACUCAGAAGCUUUCCUCUCUAA